AUGAUCAAAACGUUGUUCGUUACUGUUGGGUCGACUGGCUUUGACAAGUUAAUUAGCCUUGUAACAUCAUCACUUUUUCUCAAAGCAUUAUAUUCCAAGGGGUAUAAAAGAUUAAAAAUUCAAUGCGGUACGAGUAUUAAGAUCUAUAAUGAGGCGAUCCAAUGUAUACAAGAUAUUGAAAUGGAGAUCGUUGGUUAUGAUUUUAAGUCUUCGUUAAAACAAGAUAUGAUCGAUUCAGAUUUAAUUAUAAGUCACGCAGGUUCGGGUUCUAUCCUUGAAUCCCUACGUUUACAAAAACCAUUAAUCGUUGUGAUAAAUGAGACCUUGAUGAAUAACCAUCAAGUCGAACUUGCUAUUGAAAUGCAAAACAAAGGAUAUCUUGUUUGCGGUUCCAUAAGCAAUCUUCUAGAAAUUUUUAGAUCAGAUGCAUUCAAUAGUUUAACUCCUUUCCCAGAACCUGAUGAAACGAUUUUUGCAGACAUUUUGAAUGAAGAGAUGAUGUUAUAA